ACAGCAUCCUCACUCCAACUUAACGGUACGCUCUAUCCACCAAGCAAGAAUCCUUCAUCACCACAUCUCCACCUCUACCAACAAACAAAAAAUGCCUCCCGAAAACCACAGACACCAAAAACGUCGGCGUCGUCCCCUGAUAAACCCCACGGGACCAAAGACCUCCACAACCCACCUGAAAAAAAAAGUUCGCGACCUCCAGCGUCUCCUAAAUAAUCCCAGCAGCUCACUCCCAGCCGACGUCCGGCUAGAAAACGAACGCGCAUUAUCAGCCUUCCAAUCCGAACUCUCGGCGGUGAGGAGUGCGGCGAAGGUGAGAAGUAUUGCAAAGCGGUAUCAUAUGGUUCGGUUCUUCGGUGCGCCCAUCUCUUCCAGCACCCCCCCGUACGGUUGAUAGAUGGCUAAUUGCGAAAUAGAGAGGCAAAAAGCUACAAGGAAAUUACGCAAAGCAGAGAGGGAGCUGGAGAAGGUAGGGUGUGGAGUGGGAAAGGCGGAGGUAGAGAAGAAAGUUUACGAGGCUAGGCUGGACCUUAAUUACAUCAUGCAUUACCCUCCUGGGGAGAAGUACAUUUCCUUGUUUAAGGAUGCGGGGGUAAUGCGGGAGAGGAGAGAGGGGAUUCGCAGGGAGAUUGAGAGGCAGAUGGCGAGAGGCGGGUUGGGGGAGAGUACCAUGGGUUUUGAUGAUGAGGGGGAGGAUCAAGAGGAGGGAGGUGUCGAACCGGGAAGUGGUGGAGAGGGGGAGGUGGUUGGGGGGGAGGAGAAAAGGGAUGAGAGAGCGGAGAAGCGGGAUAAGAAGGGCAAGUCGAAGAAGGCCCCAAGGGAGGAAAAGAAGUUGGAAGAAUUGGACGACUUUUUUGAGUUUUAA